ACGCAAGUCGGAAACGAAACUUAACUAGACGACCAGAAGUGCACAGGAGGUCAGGUCACACACCAUUACAUAUUCGGCGGCUGAGAAGAGAAGAGCAGUUGUUGCAAUGGCGUUGGCUAUGAUUUACAGGUUGCUUUUGGUCUCUAUGCUGUUGAUGGUUGCGGGCACGUUUACGACUUUGAAAACAACAGAUGGAAGUACCACGUAUCAGUGGACAGAUAACUCAAACUCGACAUGGUACUGGACAUCAACCCCCACUCCCGGCCAAGACCUGACCGGGCGUAUGUUCAGCAUGUCGCCCGACAGUUCCGUGGCGUUGCAGGGCUUCAACUCUUACCAAAACACCUACGCCUUCACCGUGUGUCUACGUGCCAUCUUCGAGAUGUCAUCAACACGAAACAUCUUCAGCCUGAGCAUCGGGACCAGCGUUGCCCUGUCUCUGACCACAUCACCAUAUGCUGGCAUGACAGGUUACCAGCUGACCCUGGGUCAGGCCUCUAAGGCCUUCAAGAUGGUGUCUAAGGUGCCCUCCGUGGGCAAACUCUGGCCUUGGACCAGCCUGUGUGUGACCUGGGAUUCCACGACGGGCAUGACGCAGCUGUGGGAGGACAACUCCAUGAGCGUCAGGAAGAGCAUGUGGAGGGGGCAGAGUUUCUACGGCACGCCGGUCUUGUCCCUGUCCGGGUUCGAGGGGCAGGUGACGGACAUGCACAUGUGGAACCAGGCGAUGCCCGUGUCCGUGCUGCGCUCCUACAACCAGGGCUGGGGCUACCCGCAGGGCACCAUGCUCAGCUGGGCUCGCACCAGCUACAGUGUCAGGGGCUCACCCAUACUGGAGAAGGCCUACGAGAGCCUGGGAGCAGCUGCGUCUGAAGAGAAAGACGAAAGCGCUGAGGAGCAGAAGAAGGGAGCGCCUGUGAGGCGAAGCUGGAGGAGGAAGCAGGGGAAGAUGGGUAAUGUAGUUCAGGAGGGCGCAGAAAACAAAUAUGGCUGCCUGGGCCAACGCAAGCGCUGUGGGAGGAAGACUCUGUAGAGGGGCGAUCAGUGACGUGUGCAGAGGUGUCAAUCAUCUGAAAGUUUAAAAAACUACAAAAUAUCCAACCUUAUUCAAAUAUUCAACCUUAAAAUAGGGUUUCCAAAAUUGUUUCUGUAGUACUUGGACAACAGAACACCCAGCAUGAGUUGGAACGGCAUAGCUCGGAUUUGCAGUGUGCGAAAGAUUGGCUUAUUGUUUGCUUUUCAUUACUGAUGGUUUUUUUUUAAAAGAAUAAUCAUUUCUUUUCUGUAUUGUGAUUUAAAAAAAAAACAUCCUUGAAGGGCACUUCAGAAGCUCCUGGGGGUUAGGCUACUUGGGGCCCAUGGGCACCACGUAAGUGAUCCCUGCUGUAGGGCAUUCUAUUUAACUGUCUUGCUUAAACACAGAUGAUUCGACUCAUAAUGUAAAUUACUGUACCUUUCCAAGACUGGCAUGCUUGUUAGAUGCAGUUGAUUCAGAAUAAUGUCAGAAUCUGACAGUCAGAUGAAAUUUGCAUUUUCUAACUCAAGGAUUGGCACCUCUGGAUGCAGCACCCAGAAGAUUCCACUGUCAUGUUUAAUCAGCUCGCUCAACUAUUGAAAUUAAUUUGUUUUACUGUAACUGAUUUUGAUGCCAUUUCUAUUGGCCACAACAGGCCCUUUCUGAGGAAUCAAUUUAUUUUAUGUUAAUCAUGUUUUUAGUCAAAGCAUUUCAACAUUUUCUUCUCUGUAUUUUUGAAAUAUCAACCUCUUCAUCAUUUAGCUUGAUUGUAUUUGUAUUAUUAUUUCAUUGUAUCGUAUAUUCAAAAUUUCACUAUAGGCCUUAGCUGAGGCUCAGAUGGCUAAGGCACUGUACUGUUACAGUGGGGGGGUACCAUCCGGGUCCAGUUUCGAAUCUGACCCAAAGUCAUUUCCUGAUCCUCCCCGUAUCUCCCUGUCACCAUAUCACACUGUCCUAUCAAAUAAAGGCAUGAAAGCCCUUAAAGGUGGACUGAGUAUUAUUAUAUUUUUUAGUUUCCAGAAUCCAUGCUGCCCAUUCACAGAUGUUCAAUUAACAGCAUUAUCGCAAUACCUACUCUGGCCACCAUCCUACACAGUGCACCUUACAAAAACUUACAAGGAAUGUCCCUACAUAAAUCAUUGCAUUCAUUGUCAUACAUAAAUAAGACAUUGGCAUUACUGUGCACAUAUUUAACCUGUUGCACUGUGAGCACUAACUGCUUAAGAAUGUAAUAAAAUUGCACUUUGAAAAGGUCUGCCCCCUGUGUCCUUACUGCAGGCGGACAGCACAAUGUGUUACAGUAUGACAUCAUACUCCUACUCUGCCCUACAAAGCAAAAAGGCAGUAACUGCGCAGAGCUCCAAACUGAGUAACUUUAAAAUGAUACUGCAAUCUAGUCUAAGUAGUUUUGUGGAGAUUAUUGACAUGCAGCAGUUUUGUUACUUUAUUUUACCACCUUUUA